AUGAACAGCAAAACAGUCAAACCGACAACUAGCGCCAAGCUGCUGGGUGUGAUCUUCGAUCAGGAGCUGCAGUGGAAGGAACACAUCCGAAAGGCGAUCAAGAGCGCAACUCAAACUCACUUAAGGUAUCUGCGCACAGUGCAACGGACUGCACUCAUUCGUAUCCUUUCGGCUUUCAGAACAGUAGCCACCACAACACUGGAGGUUGAAGCCCACAUAUUGCCAACGUAUCUCCGGCUCCGCCAUCGCGCACAAAGCACCAUCACCCGGCUUCACACACUCCAGCAGGACCACCCAAUAUGGAGUACAUUACAGCGCGCCCAAAAACGGUGGAAUAAUAUCGGAUCAGCACAGGCCUUUACGGAAAUUGAAAUUGAACCAGAUAGAGAGAUAGCAGCACAGCGAGCUGAAAUCAUUCGUUCUACCUCGGACAUUGUUGUCUAUUCGGAUACGUCGGGACGCCAAGGUCAUCUAGGGGCCGCAGCCGUAACGCUCAACAACAAACUGGAAGUGUCCGGAUCCUUAGAGAUUCAGAUCUUGCACGCCAUCAAUAUUGUCAAAAGAGUGGCUUCUGGGCGCCCGAGUUCAACGGGUGAGCAAGUCAGGCUGGCUACUAUCCUCAGUGACAGCAUGUCAGCACUACAGGCAAUACAAAACCCGGGGAACAAAUCGGGUCAAGGAAUUAUCCAUUUACUAUUCGUCUCCAAUGGAUACCAGGGCAUUGCGCAGCACCCGGGAACGAUUCAGCGGGCUGUUUGGCGAAACAGGCAGCCAUACCGGGGCAAAACGGGUGGGUUUUGCCCGUUGCUGUCCCGAGAGAAAGCCUUCGUCCACAAAGAUAUCCACAUCCAGUUGGAAAAGGAAUGGAAAGAGUCUAGAGCAGACAGCCAUCUCCGUACUAAUGACAACACACUACCUGCCAAAUACACCAGACGGCUCUAUGGGCCUUUGACGAGGAAUCGAGCCUACCUGCUCAGGCAGCUACUGACGGGACAUUGCUGGCUGUCGACGUUUGGGAAAGCCUUUCGCUUCCAGGGCAAUGACCGAUGCAUCUGCGGCGAUCGCGAAAUUCUGAAACAUGUCCUGUGGGACUGCCCCGCUCUGAGGGUAUUGCGGUGGGAGUUACAGCUUGAAAACAUAAACGGCACUUAG